ACGCUCGGUCCCAGAGCUGUUGGAACUACAUUUCCCAGAGGACGCUGCGCUGGGGGCCUUCGGCGUUAAGCCAAUUAAAGUUCAGGAGAAGGACACUUCCCUGCGAGAGCAUCGCCUAGGGGCGGGACUUCCGGCAUUCUCCUCGUGGCGGUCGUUUUGUAGGCACUUGGGGUGUGUUCGCUGCGUCUCAGGUUCCGCAGCUGUGAGUCGAGACCGAGAAGGUCGGAGAGGAGACGCUGUCCGUGCCAGGCCUGGGAUAGGGUCCACUGUGCCCGCGUUCCCCCUCCUCUCCCGCCGUUCCCCGCCCCGUCCACAGUCCGAUGGCGGCGGCGGCGCUGAGGAACCCGCCUCAGGCCUGUGUGACCUUUGAAGACGUGGCCAUUUACUUCUCCCAGGAGGAGUGGGGGCUCCUUGAUGAGGCACAGAGGUUCCUGUACCAUGAUGUGAUGCUGGAGAACUUUACACUUACAACAUCCCUGGAUUGUCAGUGUGGAGGAGAGAAUGAGGAGAUCCCUUCUGAGCAGAGUGUUUCUGGAGGAGAAUCACAAGUCAGGACUUCUCAGUCAGUUCCAUCGACCCAGAAGACUCAUCCCUGCGAGAAGUGUGUCUCAGUCUUGAAAGACAUUUUGCAGCUGACUGAGCUCCAGGCAGCAUAUCUUGGGCAGAAACCAUACUUUGGUGGGGGGUCCAGCGGCUUCUGGUUGAAUGCAAGCCUUCACCAGUAUCAGGAGCAUGGCAAUGGAGAGAAAAACUUUAAAAUGGACGUGGACAGGGCCUCGAUUGUGACGAGCUGCAGACUCCAUGUGUCAGGGAAGCCCUUCCUCUGUGGGGAGGAUGGAAAAGACUUCCUAGCUACCUUGGGCCUUCAUCAGCACCAGACCACUCCCAACAGUGAGAAGCCACACAGCAGCAUUGAGUCUGGGGAGGCCUUAAACAAUGGAAAAAGUCAUAACAAGUGGAUUGAAUGCAGGAAAGUUUUUGGCAACACUCAUAUACUUCACCACCAGAGAGUCUGCACUGGAGAAAGUCUUGAUGAGUGUAGCAAAUGCAAAUACAGAUUUGUUCAGCACCAGCAAAUUCACGUUGGAGAAAGGCCUUAUGAGUGUAGUGAAUGUGGGAAAUUCUUUAGCCGUAAAACCCACCUCAUUCGACACUGGAGGGUUCACACAGGAGCAAAGCCUUAUGAGUGCAGUGAAUGUGGGAGGUCUUUUAGCCAGAAAUCUGACCUCAUUCAACACCAAAGAGUUCACACUGGAGAAAGGCCUUAUGAGUGCAGUGAAUGUGGGAAAUCUUUUAUCCAGAAAUCCAUCCUCAUUAAACACCAGAGAGUUCACACUAAUGAAAGGCCUUAUAAAUGCGAUGAAUGUGGGAAAUCGUUUAGCCAAAGUUCUGGCCUCCUUCGACACAAGAGAGCUCACACUAGAGCAAGGCCUUAUGAGUGCAGUGAAUGUGGGAAAGCCUUUAACUGUAAAACCCACCUCGUUCGACACUGGAGAGCUCACACUGGAGUUAGGCCUUAUGAGUGCAGCGAAUGCAGAAAAUCUUUUAGUGAGAAAUCUGUCCUCAUUCAACACCAAAGAGUUCACACUGGAGAAAAACCUUAUGAGUGCAGUGGAUGUGGGAAAGCCUUUAGCCAGAAAUCUGUCCUCAUUCAGCACCAAAGAGUUCACACAGGAGAAAGGCCUUAUGAGUGCAGUGAAUGUGGGAAAUCCUUUAGCCGCAAAACCCACCUCAUUCGACACCGGACGGUGCACACUGGAGCAAGACCUUUUGAUUGCAGUGAAUGUGGGAGAUCCUUUACUCAGAGCUCUGGUCUCCUUCGACACAGGAGAGCUCAUGCAGUGAGUAUAGGAAAUCCUUUACCUGCAAAUCUGACGUUGGUCAACACCAAAGAGUUCACACUGGAAAAAGGUCUUGCACAUGCAGUGAAUGUGCUUUUAUCUUACUUAGCAUCAUUGUAUUGGACGGAAGUCUCUGUGAGGAACCAUCUGCGUGAAUUGAAUCUCGCGUCAGGAUAUCCACAGACUAGGGAUUGAUUCACCAUAAAUUUCACGGUUGUGUGGGAAGCAUGUGUAACCUGCCCAAGGUCACUGCCAGUUUCUCUGGCAGAAACUAUCUCACCUCUAACAUCUGGCAGGCCCUCACAGUUGGCAUCAGUCACAAGCGUAGUAUGCUCAGAGCAACUGGCCUCUGUGCUGUCCCGUUUGUUGGAGGAAAUCGUGAGUAUCCUGAGCCCUUAUGGAGUCUUCAUUCCCUUUUCUCUGACAAGUUAGGGCAUGGACCUGACCUGUGUUGGCCCUGAGAACGCUGAGUUCUGCUGGCAGCUUGCAGAGAAGGACUAGCUUUUUCAAGGACACAAUUGGUCUCGGGUAGUUGUGAUGAAUAUUUCCAGCUUCCAAGUCACCCAACCAGAAAUUGCCUGUUACACGUUGCUUUGGUUUGUGUAAUAAUAAAGGCCUUUUUGUUUAAGCACCUUAA